AUGGGAGCUUCACAGAGUCGCCACAAAAUCUACCAUGAUAAACGAAGGAAUGCACUUGAGUUCAAAAAGGGAAAUCGUUUGUUUUUUAGAGUUACUCCGGUAACUGGUGUUGGUAGGGCUUUGAAGUCUCGAAAGCUCACUCCGUGUUUCAUUGGUUCGUACCAGAGAUACAUUUCGGAUCCGUCUUAUAUGAUCCAAGUGAAUGAUGUGCAGGUGAGAGAUAACCUGACUAUUGAGGCAUCACCCGUGCGGAUAGAGGAUCAAGAAGUAAAGCAGUUGCAUGAUAAAAAGAUUUCCUUGAUGAAGGUAGCUUGGGGAGGAUCGGCUGGUGGGAACAUGACUUGA